AUUAGUUAAUGAAAAUGAAUUCAUCAAUUUGUUUAACUUUUAUUUUGUUUCUUAUGAUAAAAAAAAUAACUUCUAAUGACAAACCAAUAAUCGGAAUACUUACACAAGAAAUAUAUUGGUCCAGUUUUAGAGAUCAUUUACUUCCAUAUAAAACAUAUAUAGCUGCAUCUUAUGUUAAAGCAAUUGAAUCUUCUGGAGGACGAGUUGUUCCAGUUUUUACCAACAGGACUUCUAAGUAUUAUAUGGAAGUAGCAAGUAAAGUUAAUGGUAUUUUAGUUCCUGGAGGAGGAUGUUCAUUUAACAUGACCUUUGGGAUUGGUGGAUCAACAAAUACAAUUUUUAAAAUUGCUGAACAUAUGAAUAAUAUACAUGAUCACUUUCCGGUACUUGGAGUUUGUCUUGGGUUUGAACUUCUUUUAAUGGCAUCCAUUAACGGAAAAUAUCCUUUUGUAAAUUGUCAUGCAUACAACAUAAGUUUACCCUUAGAACUAAUACCAAACAUGGAAGAAAAAAGCGUGUUAUUUCAAAAUAUGCCUAAGGAUAUUCGGAAAAUAUUACUGACAGAACCAGUUACGGUAAACAGUCAUGGUAAAUGUAUAACACCUAAGAACUUCACGUCAAUGCAUUUGAACCAAUUUUGGAAUUCUAUAACAAUAAAUAAUGUUAAUAAUUUAACAUUUAUAUCCACAAUAGAAGCUCAGCGUUAUCCAUUUGUGGGAUUACAAUUUCAUCCAGAGAAAAAUGCUUUCGAAUGGGAAAGAAAUUACCCCCACAGUUUGUCCGCUAUACAUACAGUUCGUUAUUUUUAUGAUUGGUUUGUCGAUGAAUGUCGUAAAAAUAAACAUGCAUACACUAACAUUACUGCAUUGAAAAAUGAACUAAUUUAUAACUAUCCUUCAACUUAUGUUGGAAAAUUUAAGUCAACAACAUUCGAACAAGUAUAUUUUUUUAAUGAGUAACAAGUUUUUCCAAUGCAAAUAUUUUUUAGGAAUUAAUUUAUGCAUUUAAAUU